CGAAUUUUAGCUAAGGGAUGUACUAUCAAAUAAAAAGUGUUCGGAAGAGGGAGCAAUGGAAGGGAAACGAAUGGAUUGAGUUGUGAUCAAAUCGCAAUAUCAAACAAAGCAAAUCAUGGCGUCAAUUUGGACACUUCACUUUCACUCGCUUUCUGUUCGCCCUUCUUGCCCCUUUUUCAUCGAUAGCAAUAGUAGCACCAGAAGAAGAAGAAGACAUCGCUUCCUUAUCACAAAUGGAAUUUCAACCCAACAAUUCAAACAACAAUGCAUCACUUCCAUUUCCAAAUUUCAUCAUCAACUUCUUACUUCUAUUUCCAUCCCAAUGCCGCAAUUUUUGACGAAUCGAAACAUUGGGAUCAAUUUACCGAUUUGGGUCUGCGUUGCGGUUGUGAUUUUGGUUGCUUCUUUGAGGGCUCUUUCCAAAUUUUCCAGGAAAAAAGAACGUCCUGGUUCCGUAGCUGAUCUUGUUAGACGCGGUCAAUUGAGAUCGGAUAGAAGAGGCAUAUCAAGGAAUCUCAAAUAUGAAGAUCCGUUCGAUAAUCCCUUGGUCAAGGUUAGCAAAAGCAAGUCAAGUGUAGAGAUGUGUGGAAAGGUUUACCGGUUAGCGCCUGUCACACUUACUCAAGAGGAACAAGCGGUUCACCAGAGAAGGAGAUCGCGUGCGUAUCAGUGGAAGCGUCCCACAGUUUUCCUUAAGGAAGGAGAAUCAGUUCCUCCAGAUGUUGAUCCCGAUACAAUCAGGUGGAUUCCUGCGAAUCAUCCCUUUGCAACCACCUCUACAGAUAUCGGUGAGGACUUUGCACACAAAAAUGUUAGUCAAAAGCAUGGAGUUCCUUUCCGUAUUCAAGCUGAGCAUGAGGCCCUGCAGAGAAAGCUUGAAGCCCUACAAAAUGAAGAGGAACUCAAUAAAGUAGUGAUAAAUCCUAUCAAUGCUAAAGAAUUUGAGAGACCAUUCAACUCCCAUGGCAGAUUAAAUGAUCAUGCAGAGAAGACCUCUUUAAACAAUCAGGUGAAAGAUCCCCUCUCCUCAAAAUUAGACAGCAGUCCGAAUAACUUUGGAAGUGCAUCAUCAUCUGGAGAAGAUCAGAAUCUUAAACUUUAAUUUUUCUUAGGCAGGCUAUAAAUCUCGGUAUAAAUAUAUAUUUCAAUUUGCUAAAAAUUUUGUACUAUUAUCGGUGAGCAUUGGAACUGUCUAUUUGUAUAGCUGAGGACUGUAAAUAUAAUUGUAUUGCUGCUGCUUUGCUAGUAACGCUGUUACCUAGAUUUCAUUAGGAGUUUCCCACUUCGA